CAAAAACAGGAAAAGACAACGCGGAAGUAAAAUUUCGAGCGGGUUUGUUAUGUUAUUGCCCACCAUUCUUUCCUCGUGGAUGUAUACAUACUAGCAGAAUACCCAACUCUCAGUCCACUGAAACAUGUCUAAACUACAGUCGUUUCGUAUGUUCUUAAACGAGCGUUUAACCGCGGCAGCUGUGGAGAUUUUCGGGGCAGUUGAGCAAACGGUAGUGGAGUACCAGGAGGAGAAUGAUCGGCUACGGAGACUGCUGCGGGUCACACCGGAGAUAAAACGAUGCAGAAUAGACUCCCUGCAGCUGCCUGUCUCUGAAGAGGAGGUUCUCCCUGAACAGCAGCACUGUGAGCAGGAGUGGAGCCCCAGUCUGGGGCAGGAGAACCCAGAGCUUCCACAGAUUAAAGAGGAACAGGAGGAACUCAGGACCAGUCAGGAAGAAGAGCAGCUUCAAGGGCUGGAGGCUGAUAUCAUAGAGUUCAAAUUCACUCCUUCCUGUGUGAAAAGUGAAUGUGAUCAGGAGGACCCACUUCAGCCCUUCACUUCUCCCCAAACCCAGACUGUGGAGAACAGAGAGCAUGACCCUAAACAAGUGGAUCUCACACCUUUUAUUACUGUGACCCACCUUAAGGGUCUCCACAUUCCCUGUGAGCCUCCAGAUAAUCAGAACAAUGCCUCCAGCCACAGGUCAGCUGUAAGCAGUGACCCAGUAGGACUUGACAGCAGCCCACCAUUGGUUCCCAGCCCAUCAUUGGAUCCAAACCCAUCAAUAGGUGAACACUGUUCCAAACCCAGCACCACCCUUAGAAAAACUCACCACUGCCGUGACUGUGGUGAAAUGUUUGCUCUGAAAGCUGACCUGAAGAGGCACGUGACUCUUUCCAUGCAGAGACCCAGUGAAUGCCGCUUCUGCAAAAAACGCUACAACUCCACCUGUAAACUGAAGGCCCAUGUCCGACUCUGUCGCGGUAGGAAACCCUGCACCAGCCCUGUUUGUAGCAAGACCUUCAAAAUCAAAGCAGAUCUGUCCAAGCACAUGAGGAUUCACACAGGGGAGAAAUCAUUUAGUUGUGGUUACUGUGGGAAGCGCUUCAAUCGCAAGGGGAACCUUACUGAUCAUAUUCCUAUUCACACAGGAGAGAAAGCAUUUAGCUGUGCUGACUGUGGGAAAAAAUUCAGUCAGAAGGGGACCCUACGGAAGCAUAGACUGACUCACAAAGGAGAGAAACCAUUUAUCUGUGGAGACUGUGGGAAAAGCUUCUAUCAGAAAGGGGACCUAAGUAGGCAUAUACGGACUCACACAGGAGAGAAACUUUUUAUCUGUGGUGACUGUGGGAAAAGCUUCAAUUUGAAGGGGAACCUAAAGAAGCAUGAACUGACUCACACAGAAGAUAAACCAUUUAGCUGUGGUGACUGUGGAAAAAGCUUCAAUCACAAGUCUAACUUACUGACACAUGUUAAAAACAUCCACAAAGGAGGAAAACAGGAUGACAUUUGAAAGAAGAUCUAUUCAGUCAGAAGAUGAGAAUAAAAGGGCAGGAUGGGGACAAUACUCUUGAGUACACGCUCAUAGACUCACAUCUAUUGGUUGGUGGAGGACGAUACGAUGAUACCUCUCAUAGGGAUCUGCUCUCCAUGCUUCAGGAUUAAAGUUCCUCUGGUCUCUGAUCUAUUCUAUUGAUAACCUGCUGUUUCUCUCCACAGUGCUCUCUGCUACUCUCUGGUCUACAUGGAGGGCCGAGCUACUUUACAUCUGUCUGGAGGGAGAGAUAGAGGUCACAGAAUGAGGGUUCUAGUCUCAACACUCUCCAAGGCUUUAGAGGAAAAGACUACCUUUUCAGGUCAUGUGACAACUGCCAUCCUCUAACAGUGGCACUGCUAACCCGUUUGUUAAAUGUAUGCCCUUUGGAUAAAAGCUUCUGCUAAAUGGCAUAUACAGUGGAGUCUGAAAUGAUUGACGUCCUUGAUAAAAAUGAGCAAGAUUGAUUGUCAGAUUCAA